ACUAGCAACCUGCGCUGUGCGCUUUUAGCCGUUACUUUAUUUCUUUUUCAACAAACGAAGUCGUCUUACUUACGGAGUUCAAAACAGCAAAAGUUACGCCCGGAAUGUAUAAUAGAUAACUGCAGUUUGUACUAUGGAAGACUCGCAGACACCAAUCGGCGAAUCUAUUCGCACAAGUUGCGAAAGAUGCAGACGCCGCAAGAUUAAAUGCGAUCGCAAACGGCCCUGUUCGCGGUGUGUCAAGGCUGGCAAAGAGUGCAUCUUGCAAGGAACGGGAGAGAAGCAGAGACCCGUAUCGAAAGGAUAUGUUACCGCUCUGGAGGGGCAAGUCGCAGCCCUGGAACAACUCAUCCACCGUCUCGCACAGGCUGACUCUCUAGAGAGAGAAGAGAUCCUCGCGCAGCUUCCAGUGAAUGCUUCCAUUGCAGAAGACGCUGUGAAAAAGGAUCAUGAAGAGUCGCCGACGGAUACAAAUGUUGUCGCUGCUCGCCUCCGCUCUGGCCAGCUGCGCCGCCGCCAUCCCAGCCAAGGAGCCCAGUUCUACGGCGGCACGAGCUUGUUCCAGAUCCAUCUUGCGGGGGAUUCAGCAGUCGCAUCUACACCCGCUGGGGGCGUUGUGGCAGGAUCCCCUAGUAUGCUCCUAGAUACGCCCAAUGAUGCGAGCGGCUCCGACCCGAGAACAGACACAGAAGACCUCACGCCAGCGAGCAGCGUGUUCCAGUACGCUCCGCAUGAUGAAAUGUCGCAGCGGCUCAUGGCGACGUUCUUCCGAGAGCAGUAUCCUUUCAUCAUGGUGGUCUACAGAGAAUAUUUCUUGCGCGACUACGACAUUGGUGCUGGCAAGUACUAUUCAGACUUUUUAUUGUACGCUAUUUGCGCCCUUGGAGCCCUGCAGGAAGACGAUACGAUCCAUGUCUCGGAGAUCUUUGCGGGUCAAGCCCAAUCUCUUCUGUACGCAACCUUGGAUAGCCCCGACUUGACGAUUCUUCAAGGUCUGGUGCUUCUGGGCUACCAUGAAAUCGCUGUUGGUUGCACUUCCAAAGGCUGGCUCUUCUGCGGUAUGGCAUUCAGACUGGCGCAUGAGAUGGGGCUUCACCUGGAUCCGAACAACUGGGACGGGUACACUGGUUUCAUUAGAGAUCGUGAGAUUCUUCGACGAGUAUACUGGGCCGUCUUUGUUGCCGACAAGCAACUCAGCCUCUUCUUUGGGCGACCCCCAGCCCUCUACCCUGGCGAAUCCGACGUUCGAAACACGAUUCGAUUACAAUAUCCCCCGGAUUGGCAGGGCUUGCUCGAGACGUAUAUCUGUACCACCCUACCGGCUACCGAAUUUGAGGAUGGCGUUGCGCUGGUUGGCUCAUUCAUCUACCGCGCUGAGCUCUGCAAGGUCAUACAUGUUAUGAUCACAGAUCUUUUUGAAAACCGCAGAGCCGCAGCUGACCCGGCGAUUAUUGCGACUAAGGCUCGCCAAAUUCAUGUCUCUCUAACAAGGUGGCUCGCUAGUCUGCCUGGCACUUUGCAUUGGAACCAAUGGACGGUAGGCAAAGUCCCACCAGCUGUCCUACAUUUACACAUGGUGUUUCACACGGUCAUGAUUAUCCUCCAUCGCCCUCCGUCAAACAUGUUUGACAAGCCCGGCAUCGCCGAAAGCGAAGAUGUGGAAAUUUGCUACGAGUCCUUGCAAGCCAUCCUACGUCUAAUGCGCAGCUUUUCGCGGUUUUAUAGGUACAGAUCGCUGCCGCUUGACUUCGUACAUACGCUCUCCACCGCGGCUGGCAUAGUCAUGAUGAAGAGAUAUCUGCAGAAAGCUUCGUGGACAGACCCCGACUUGGAACGAUCCUUAUCGCUUAUUCUAGAGGCUAUGACCGACAUUGAAAAGACAUGGCCAUGUGUGAAGGAGAUUCGCGAUGUCCUUGUUCAGGCGCAGCAGAAACAGCAAUCUAUUCCUCCCGAAGACCCAUUAAACGCACCGGAUUUGAUGAUGGGACUGCAGCUUGACCCGAAUGCCUUUGAAGGGUUUGUGCCUGGUGUGGCGGAUGAUAUUGGAACUCUAAUUACGGAUGAAUUUCUAAGCACGCAACUACAACUACCCGAAACCGUGCUCGACGGGUUCGACUUCAAUCAAAUCCCCGGACCUAGUGGCCAAUGAUCUACAAUUUUCCUGGCCACAGACGUCCCGCCUGUUUUGCAUCAUCUAGCCAUCCGCCGUCGUGGGAUAACACUACUUCCACCUUGCCCAGCAUGGUGUUUCCGUCCUCGAUAUCUAUAACUCGUUUGAUGGUUGAAAUGGCCGCGGCCUUGUUGGUGUGCGCACAUCUCAUAAUGGCGGGAUACAUGGGAUCUGGCCAUGUCGACAUGUCCAUUUCGCCAGUCAGUAUUCGGCGGUCAUGGCAGAUGUCUCCAGCGAGAUAUACAUAAUUGCCACCCUCUAAUCGACACAACAUAUUCAGAUGGCCGGGCAUGUGACCAGGAGAGUCCACUACAAAACAGCUUCCGUCGCCAAAUAUGUCCAGUGUAUGUGGAAGUGUAGCCACCGGUCUCCAUGGCUCUGCGAAUAGCGGCGAUAUACGCGCUGUUGCUGAGGGAUCGCUCCCAGGUUGAUGUAAUUCGACGGUUCGCAGUGGUGGGAAGAGCAUUCUUUCGUAUGUGCCAUUGACUCCCGCUGUAGACAAAUACUGCAGGCCGCCGCCGCCAAGAACGAACUGCGCGCGAGACAGCUCGCCAGGAACACCGAUAUGGUCCCAAUGCAAGUGACUGAAUAUGGCAUAGUCAAUGUCAAACUCUGACAGUCCGCCUUGAUGCAGUGCAGAGUGUAUGUUCGCAGGGUUCAUUGCUUUGUUUUGUGGGAGGAGAUAGUCUCGCAUACUUUCUGUAUACUGUGUGGUAUCGACACGGAUCCCGAGAUCAAACAGGAUGCGUGUUACUUUUUUUGAUGCUGGGUUUCGAUGCUGGAUGAGAAACGACAUGGAUGGAAGGACUGUCAUUUCAUUCUUGUCGUCGAGAGGCGUUACGAAGAAGCGGAGUGGCAUAGUAAUUGCGCCAGUGUCCAAGGCGUGGACAGACACGUGCGGAUAGCGGUUCAUGGCAGGCGAUCCCAAUUGCUGUGUUUCAUUGUAUGGUGUUUGUUUGGGUGUUGUGUAUAUACCGGGCGAGGAGGCUGACUGUGUUGGGCGUAUUUAUUUACAGGUUGCCUUGGCUGGAUGAGGCGCAUGUACUUUUGUUCAAUAAGCUAACGGUCGUCCUAUAUUUAUUUUCCGAUUGGUAACCAUGAGUGGCCUCCCAGCCGUAAGGGCGCCGUUUGCGAGACCGUGGGUCAGCCGCAACAGAGCUAUGCGAGGUCUGUGACUGAUGAACCAGCGUAUCCGAUGAUCGGAUAUCGGACAUGUUUGCCCCGGUGGGUUUAAUGCCACCUUGGCUGGGCUAGUCUAAGCUUCUAUAAAUGGGGUGGAAAGUUAUAUCUUUGUUUCAAUUUCCAACAAUCAUUUUAUGCCAU